ACCGCAGCCCCCGCAGCAGUUCGCCUCAGUGCAGGAGGUGGUCCCUUCCGGUUCAUGUCGGAGCAGAGGAAGCCGGGCGGCCAUCUUGGAUCAUCCGGGAGCGGCGGCAGCGGCGGCGGCGCUCUUCUUGCCGCUGACUGAGGGAGCAAGAGGGAGUCCGCUUGCUGGCGGCGGCCUGUUCCAACACGGACACAGAGCGAGGGGGGGGGGCUCUGUCCGACCUGUGUGGAAGAAGAGAGGGAGGGCUUUGCCCGGCCUGAGCCUGCCUUUUUUGGGGGGCGGAGGGGGUUAGAAGGGAGGCGGCGGCAGGAAUUGGGACUUCUGCUGGAGAAGAAGAGGAAGGAAGGAAGGAAGAAGAAGAGGAGGGGGGCGCUAGUAAAAACAUGAGAGCCGCGGCCCGGUGAAGCUGGACUGGGUUUUGGGGAGAGCGGGGAAGAGAGGCGGAGAAGCUUUAUAGUUGGCCCAUUGUUGCUUCCUCAGCGGAGUGCCCGAAAGAGGACGGUGGAGGCACCGAAAUAGGGUGUUGUUUGGAGGGGGGCAUUUCCUCCCUCAGUGGCCGCUUGGACUCUAUUGCUGCGCCCCUCCUUGCCUGCAACGCUCUCCGUCUUGGAAACGGCUGCUUAAUUACCCCCCCUCCCCAAUUUCCCUAAUCCUAGCCCUGUUCUCUCUCACAUACACACUUCUGUCCGCACCCCCCCAAGGUUUUUUUUUUUUGCACUCCAUGAGAAUACCUCUCUUCUUUAAUCCGUCGCUGCCAUCUUCUAAGGAUUCUAAUCUGUCUGUAGGAUGAUCCCUCAAGACUCUCAGAGGGAUACAAUGCUCCUUUAUCAGACUGUAAUAUAGAUGAGAAAGAGGGGUGGUGGUGGAGGAAAUAUCCUACAUUUCACUCCCCACCCUCCCUUUUUCUUGAUGGUGGCACUCCAUAACCACUAUCAUGCAGUAAAAUCACUCUUUUUUUGUAAAUAUAUAUAUAAGUAUUCAGGGGGAGGAGGGUGUUAGGUUUUUUUUUAAUUUUUAUAUAAUAUAUAGUUGGAUUUUGCCAUCACAAACUGUGCUUCAGCACAAGUGAAUGAAAAUGUCCACUAGAACUCCAUUGCCCACCGUGAAUGAACGCGACACUGAAAAUGAGGCUGGAACAUCAGUAGGGGAAAGCUUUUCUGAAAAGCACACCUCUCAUGGUGAAGGUCGGCAGGAAGUUACCUCUCGAACUAACCGCUCUGGAGCCCGCUGUAGGAAUUCUAUAGCUUCCUGUGCAGAUGAGCAACCCCAUAUUGGGAACUACCGACUUCUUAAAACAAUUGGAAAGGGGAAUUUUGCAAAAGUGAAAUUGGCCAGACACAUUCUUACUGGCAGAGAGGUUGCAAUAAAAAUAAUUGAUAAAACUCAGUUGAAUCCAACUAGUUUACAAAAGCUAUUCAGGGAAGUAAGGAUAAUGAAGAUUUUAAAUCAUCCAAAUAUAGUUAAACUGUUUGAAGUAAUUGAAACUGAAAAAACACUCUACUUAAUCAUGGAGUAUGCAAGUGGAGGGGAAGUAUUUGACUAUCUAGUUGCACAUGGAAGAAUGAAGGAAAAGGAGGCAAGAGCUAAAUUUAGGCAGAUCGUAUCUGCAGUGCAGUAUUGCCACCAAAAGCAUAUUGUUCACAGAGAUCUCAAGGCUGAAAAUCUGUUGCUUGAUGCGGACAUGAACAUUAAAAUUGCCGAUUUUGGUUUUAGCAACGAGUUUACAGUUGGAAAUAAACUGGACACAUUUUGUGGCAGCCCUCCAUACGCUGCUCCAGAACUCUUCCAAGGCAAGAAGUAUGAUGGACCGGAAGUAGAUGUUUGGAGUUUAGGUGUCAUUCUUUACACACUUGUGAGUGGGUCGCUGCCUUUUGAUGGGCAGAAUCUAAAGGAACUGAGAGAAAGGGUGCUGAGAGGAAAAUACAGAAUUCCUUUCUACAUGUCAACAGACUGUGAAAACCUGCUAAAACGUUUCCUGGUGCUAAAUCCAACUAAAAGGGGCACUCUUGAGCAAAUCAUGAAGGACAGGUGGAUAAACGCAGGGCAUGAAGAUGACGAACUUAAACCUUUUGUUGAACCAGAGUUAGAUAUCUCAGACCAGAAGAGAAUAGAUAUUAUGGUUGGCAUGGGAUAUUCUCAAGAAGAAAUACAGGAAUCUCUUAGUAAAAUGAAAUACGAUGAAAUAACUGCUACCUAUUUGCUACUGGGACGGAAAUCAUCAGAGUUGGACGCUAGUGACUCAAGCUCCAGCAGUAAUCUUUCACUUGCUAAGGCCAGGCCAAGCAGUGAUCUAAACAACAGCACUGGACAAUCUCCCCACCAUAAAGUGCAACGAAGUAUAUCUUCUAGCCAGAAGCAGCGACGGUACAGUGACCAUGCUGGCCCAUCUAUUCCUUCAGCAGUGGCAUAUCCGAAAAGAAGUCAGACUAGCACUACUGACAGUGACCUCAAAGAAGAAGGGAUUCAGUCACGGAAAUCCAGCAGCAGUGCUGCUGGUGGGCGAGGGAUUGCUCCUGCGAGUCCUAUGCUUGGGAAUGCCAGCAAUCCAAAUAAGGCUGAUAUCCCUGAGCGUAAGAGAAGUUCUGCUACACCCAAUAACAACACUGCACCUGGAGCCAUGACACGGCGAAAUACGUAUGUUUGUAGUGAAAGAACAACUGCGGACAGACAUUCAGUCAUUCAAAAUGGCAAAGAGAGCAGUGCUAUUCCUGAUCAAAGGACGCCAGUUGCUUCAACUCACAGCAUCAGCAGUGCAACAACACCUGACCGCAUCCGCUUCCCCAGAGGAACUGCCAGUCGUAGCACUUUCCAUGGCCAGCUCAGAGAACGGCGCACUGCCACAUACAACGGACCUCCUGCAUCACCCAGUUUGUCUCAUGAAGCAACGCCACUUUCACAGACACGUAGAGGCUCCACUAACUUGUUCAGUAAAUUGACGUCUAAGCUAACAAGAAGAAAUAUGUCAUUCAGAUUUAUCAAAAGGCUUCCAACUGAAUAUGAGAGGAACGGGAGAUAUGAGGGCUCAAGUCGCAACGUGUCAGUUGAUCAGAAGGAUGACAACAAGGAAGCUAAGCCCCGUUCACUGCGAUUUACUUGGAGUAUGAAAACCACCAGCUCUAUGGAUCCUAAUGAUAUGAUGAGGGAAAUUCGCAAAGUCCUGGAUGCCAAUAACUGUGACUAUGAGCAGAGAGAGCGGUUCUUGCUGUUCUGCGUCCACGGGGAUGGCCACGCAGAAAACCUCGUGCAGUGGGAGAUGGAGGUGUGUAAGCUGCCAAGACUGUCACUGAACGGAGUCCGCUUUAAACGGAUAUCGGGAACAUCCAUAGCUUUCAAAAACAUUGCUUCCAAAAUUGCCAAUGAAUUAAAGCUGUAAUGAGAAGAGCAAUCAAGUUUGUACAUUUAAAGUAGCAAUUUCAAGUGUUGUUGUUUUUUUGUUUUGUUUUGUUUUUCUUCUCCUUUUUUGAGAACACCAAUGGAAAUGUAUAGAAUAAUAUUUAGGGCAAUAACUUCUGCAUCUUCUGAAUCAUGAUAUUAAAGAAACAGUUGAGAGAAGCUGCUGAGUUGGGAGGGAGAGUUGGACUUUUUUUUAUAAGUGCACUACAGCAUUAAAGUUGCCUACUAUGUAAAAUAUUACUCCCUUCUGCUUUAUUUCCAUUGCUCUGGGUCUUGGCGAACAAUCUGAAACACACAAUAUAUACAUUUGAAUAUUCCUCCUGUUUGUGUGGAUGUGUGAAUGUACAGUAUGUGUGUAUAAUUAUAAUAUAAAAGUAUUAAAUGUAAGCACUUCACUUAUUGCAUCAGAGCUGUACCAGUACCUCUUUGGAGGAUAAUUUUGGUGCUAAAACUGAAAUGGCCAAGGUGGAAACACUUGAAAACAAUUGACUAUUUAACCAGUAAAUGUAGGUUUUACAAUUCAUUGCUGUGUUUAAGAUUUAGUAGAAGGGAUUUGAGGUUAUGGUUGUGAACCUUUUUCCUGUGGCUUUUUAUUUGAUUUCAUGAGAUAAUUUAAAACUCAUGUUUUUUUCCAGGUCUUGCAUUAUUUCUCCCACUUAUUUAUUAUUAUUUAAGUCUGAAAUCAAAUUAAAACUACACUUUUGUGAUAAUUAAAAUGAUGGGGAAAAUG